UCCCGACCGACCUGUUUAGGCGGCUAAUUUGUGUUCAGGUCUCGAUAAGGUGUAGUCUUGCCGCGCAUUGAUUUGCGUCAGCUCCACUGUCGGUGAGAAGCUCCAAAGAAUGCCUCCUAAAGCUUCGAAAGACAAAAUCCAUGCGUCGGAACAAGAUGAAGAUAUUUUGCAGGCUGUCAUUCUUGCAGACAGCUUCAAUUCACGGUUUCAGCCCCUCAGCAUGACCAAACCAAGGACAUUGUUGCCUCUUUGCAAUAUUCCUUUACUUAACUGGACUUUGGAAGCGUUGAUCGGCUCCGGUGUCCAACAGAUAUUCGUUUUCUGUUGUUCGCAUGCCGAUCUAAUCAAAGAAGCUAUUAGCCAAUCACGAUGGUCGCUUCCCAAUUCUGGGGUUAAGAUAACUCCAAUUGUAACGCCUGAAGCUCUCUCUACAGGCGAUGUCAUGAGGGAACUUGAUUCCAAGCAAAUAAUUGCGUCGGACUUCAUUCUUAUAUCCGGGGACGUAGUCAGCACCAUACCAUUGCAAGAAGUAGUCCGUGAACACAGAGAACGGCGAAAAGUCAACAAAUCCUGCAUUAUGACUAUGGUCUGGAAACCGCUGGGAACGCGCAAUCGUCCUUUACCUGGUCUUGACCUACCUGUUCUUCUCCUUGACGCUGGGACUCGCGAAUGCCUGCACUACGAAUAUGUGAAAGAGGGAGAACCUCGAGUCGCUUUACCACGCGAGAAGAUGACCGGCCACCGCGAGUUGGAAAUCCGGACCGACCUCGUUGAUUGCGCCAUUGACGUAUGCUCAGUGGAUGUCCCUGCACUAUUUUCUGAGAACUUCGACUACCAAGAUCUCCGCACCGACUUCGUUCACGGAGUCCUGACUUCUGACCUACUGGGGAAGCAAAUAUUUUGUCAUAUCCCGAAGCGUGGUUAUGCCGCUCGUGUUGGGGAUACGCGGUCAUAUGCAGAAAUCAGUCGUGACGUCCUCUCCAGGAGGACGUUCCCAUUAGUUCCUGACGAUACACCCGCGUAUAAAUUGAAACAUGGAUUUGUAUACAUCGGAGAAUCUGUCUCAUUAUCGAGAACGUGUACUCUUGGAUCACACUCACAAGUAGGACAUCGGAGCUAUGUGGAUGAUGAUGCGAUUAUUGAAGGCUCUGUGAUUGGCCCUGGAUGUCAUAUCGGGCCGUACGUCAAGAUUUCGAACAGCUUCUUGAUGGAGGGUAGCUCUAUCGGUGCAAACUCUGUCGUAACGCAGAGCAUCGUUGCGUGCGGUGUGCAAAUAGGUCCAAACAGCAAUAUUGACCGUGGGUGCAUGAUAGGCGAUGGCGCGAUCCUAGGAUCAGGUGCUCAAAUCCCGCCUUUCAGCAAAGUAAGUGGGACGUUGCCUCCCCAGGAUGACGAGUGGGACGAGGACGGUCAGGACGCCGACCAGAAGCUGAAAGUUAUGACCAACCCCGCCAUCCUCGGUCAAGAUGCGAAAGCAUAUAUAUGGCCGGCCCACAAGGUCCCGAGAGAUGAACUCUCAGAUGAUAGUAGUGAAGCGGAGACUCCAACUCGAACAUUUCACCAACUAGGUUAUACCACGCAGAUUGAGUAUCCGGAGUCAACCGCGUCCUCCACUCCUGCAUCUUCUGUGGUGUCCAGCCCAGCAUCUCACGCUACCUCCCUAGAUGGAGAUAUAUCAAAUCUCAAGUUGAGUGAUUCAGCCGAGUUCCGAUCGGAAUGCACACAGUCCCUCGAGCGCGCAUUUGUUGAGGGCCACACAGUCGAGAAUGCGGCCAUUGAACUCAAGACUUUACGAAUGGCGAGCAACGUCCCACUAAAAUCCGUCAAAGAAGUAGCUAUCAGUUUCCUUGUCUCUAAAAUAUCACUUUCGGGAGCGCCGGCACAGCAAAAACAAGCGGUUAAUGAGACAAUUGAACGCUGGGGGCCAUUAUUACCGGCUAUUGGUGGUGAGGACCCGAUUGAGAACAUACUCCUGUUGCAGGAUCAUUGCGCAUCUUCACCAAGUCACUUGAAACUUUUCGGCAACGUUCUGGCCGCCUUCUACAAUAACGACAUUGUCGAGGACGAAGACAUCAAGGGUUGGAUACUUGAUUCUCGUUCGAAAUAUGAGGCAGAUUCACUAGGGGAUGUCUGUCGAAAACAAGGUCUCGUUCUCCUGAAAGCCAUUCAAGCCCAGUCCAGCGACGAGGACGAAAGCGAUUGACGCAGCAAAUGGUCGUGGAGUCAUCCGCUGACAGCAAUUUAAUGAUCCAGCAUCGUUCAUGCUUUGUAUCUUCACCGUAGGUUGAAAGUGACAUGAUCUCAGACGUUCAAGGCGGUGACCAUUCGAGGAACAGCGUUGUGGCGCUUGAGCUUUUUGCGAGUUGGCUUUCAAACUAUAUUUAUCAUCUGUAAACUUGCAUCUGUUAACUAGAAACCCAAGAUAGAAUAAAUAAAC